GUGAGUGCGCCGUGAGGACAGGAGUUGGGAAACGAUCCCUAAGAUCCAUACCAUAUGUGGACACGGUCCAACGGGAGCGCCUUUAAAUACCGCCGGCACGCUUUGGGGACAGUCGGUCAGACGCCAGCGCCAGCCACACUCAGUCAGGAUGUCCAUCACUAAGAUUCACGCCCGUGAGAUCCUCGAUUCCAGAGGAAACCCUACUGUGGAGGUUGAUCUCUACACACAUAAAGGAUGUUUCAGAGCUGCUGUCCCCAGUGGCGCUUCCACAGGCAUCCAUGAGGCCCUGGAGCUGAGAGAUGGGGAUAAGAGCCGCUACCUGGGCAAAGGUGUGAAGAAAGCCGUUGAACAUGUGAACAAGGAGAUCGCGCCCGCUCUGCUGGAGGCUAAUUUGAGUGUGGUCGAGCAGGAGAAAAUUGACAAGCUCAUGCUGCAUUUGGACGGCACUGAGAACAAAUCUCGCUUUGGCGCUAACGCCAUCCUGGGCGUGUCGCUGGCCGUGUGCAAGGCUGGCGCAGAGGAGAAGGGCGUGCCCCUGUACCGCCACAUUGCUGAUCUGGCGGGACACAAGGAAGUGAUCCUGCCUGUGCCGGCCUUUAAUGUGAUCAACGGAGGCUCCCACGCCGGGAACAAGCUGGCCAUGCAGGAGUUCAUGAUCCUGCCCGUCGGCGCUACCAACUUCCACGAGGCCAUGCGCAUAGGCGCCGAGGUCUACCACAACCUGAAGAGCGUCAUCAAGGCCAAGUAUGGCAAGGAUGCCACCAACGUGGGCGAUGAGGGCGGCUUCGCACCCAACAUCCUGGAGAACAACGAGGCUCUGGAGCUGUUGAAAACUGCCAUUGAGAAGGCCGGCUAUCCAGACAAGAUCAUCAUCGGUAUGGAUGUGGCAGCAUCUGAGUUCUACAGGAACGGCAAAUACGACCUGGACUUCAAGUCCCCCGACGACCCCUCACGCCACAUCUCAGGAAAGGAGCUGGGAGACCUCUACAAGAGCUUCAUCAAGAACUACCCAGUGCAGUCCAUUGAGGACCCCUUUGACCAGGAUGACUGGGAACACUGGAGCCAGUUCACUGCAUCAGUGGGAAUCCAGAUUGUGGGAGACGACCUGACCGUGACCAACCCCAGACGCAUCCAGACCGCCGUGGAGAAGAAGGCCUGCAACUGCUUGCUCCUCAAAGUCAACCAGAUCGGCUCCGUCACAGAGUCCAUCCAGGCGUGCAAGCUGGCUCAGUCCAAUGGCUGGGGCGUGAUGGUCAGCCAUCGGUCAGGAGAGACAGAGGACACCUUCAUCGCUGACCUGGUUGUGGGCCUGUGCACAGGACAGAUCAAGACUGGCGCCCCCUGCAGGUCAGAGCGUCUGGCCAAAUACAACCAGAUGAUGAGGAUUGAGGAGGAGCUCGGCCACAGGGCCCAGUAUGCUGGCAGAAACUUCCGCCACCCCAAGAUCAGCCACGACUACCUGGAUCCAUUUUUCUAUUAAGCUAGCUGGGCUAACCAGCGGAAAAAAAACUUAAAUAUCUUCAUAAAUAUUCUUGAAAGUAAUGUGCAUACUAAUGUCAUACUAAAUGCACUGUACUAAUACGAAUAAUAGUAUUUCUAUAAAAAAAAACUUUAAAAAAAACGAAUGAUAUGGUAACUCUCCUUCUGUCCCAGCAGUUACGGAACACAAAGUUUUCAUCUCACAUCGGAGAAUGUUCGUGAAGCAGGCAUUAGUCAUAUUUCCCACAACCCCAUGCGGUUUUCCAUUGACCUGGUAAAUCGUGGGUUGUGGUCACCGGCUGCUGAAUGGAUACUGUUCUUUUCCCCUUAAAAACACUAAAACAAAAAGAACUCAUUACGCUAAUUAAUAUAAGGAGCCAGAGACCAAAUCUCUCCUGGUCUUUCUUCUCAUCUCGACCACCCAGUGUUUUUCCAGCCCAUAACCCCCUCUCUCCCGCCUUCCUUCGUUUCUGUUUUUAUGUCUGAACGCAGUCAGUGGCAUUCUGGGGCAUGGCGGAAUCGAGAAAUAUUUUGCGGGGGAGAGAAAACGCACAUGCAUCUGGCACCCCUUGAAUCCACAGGCUUGUGUAGAUGUUCCACAGCCAGGGCCAUACAUUGACCAUGUUUACAGCUUAUAGCUGGUGACAGAGGAGGCAGAAUGUCCCUGUAAUGUCCCCUGACUGAUGUCACAAACAGAAUGUAACACUGAUCAGUGAUUUGCAGAUGAUGUCAUAAAGAGGAUGUAACAGUGA